AUGGCAUCUUUUGACACCGAGUCCUCUGCAGGUCUGGAGGGUUCUACUUACGAUUUUGUCAUUGUCGGAGGAGGUACUUCUGGCCUUGUUGUCGCCAACCGGCUGACUGAGAACCCCGAUAUCCGAGUCCUUGUUCUGGAAGCUGGGACAAAUCGUCUCAAUGAUCCUCGACUUCUGAUCCCCGGCUUGGGCCCCGCAACAUUUGAAGAUGAUGACUUUGAUUGGAAUUUCCGAUCUAUUCCUCAGGAGCAACUCAAUGGCCGUAGAUUCCUAGGCACAAAAGGCCGCACCCUAGGAGGCUCAUCGGCCAUCAAUUUGGGAAUGGUUAUCUGGCCAUCCCGUGCUGGAAUGAAUGCCUGGGAAACAUUGGGCAACCCCGGCUGGGGCUGGAACGAAGUGGCUCCGUACAUUCGGAAGUUCCACACAGCCGCUCCUCCGUCAAAUGGCAACCGUGAGUUCUUCAAGGGAAUGAAAUAUGAGCAAGAAGACCAGGGCAACACAGGCCCUGUCCAAGUCUCUUUCGGAGAACAGUAUAUGCCGUUCCAUUCCGCCUGGAUGGAAACCUUUGAGGCUCUUGGGUAUCCGCAAGAUGAAGAUCCCAUUAAAGGCGCCUGCACAGGUCCCUUUGUGAGCCCUGGUAGUGUGGAUCCCACCAAUCACACAAGAAGCCAUGCUGCGGCUGCGUAUCUUGGACCGAACGUCCAGGCUCGUCCUAAUCUGAGGGUUGUGACUGGAGCUCUAGUUGAGAAGAUUGUUCUUGAGAAGAAGGAUAAUGCUGAUGCUGUUGCCACUGGUGUUCAAUUCAGCAAGGGUUCGGAUGUGUUCACCGUUUUGGUCGGCAAGGAAGUUAUUCUUGCCGCGGGAACCACACAGUCGUCUCAGAUUUUAGAGCUUUCAGGUGUUGGAGAUGAAAAGAUUCUUCGGGCUCACGGAAUUCCAACAAUUAUCAACAACCCCGGUGUUGGUGAGAACAUGCAAGAUCACGGAAUUGUCUCGUUUGGAUAUGAGGUCGCAGACGGUAUGCCUUCGGGCGACAUGGCCCGUGACCCGGCUGUUGCAGCUGCUGCCAUGGCCGCCUACCAGAAGGAUGGCUCGGGUCCUCUGGGCAUGGUGCCCUUGGUCUCUGCCUUUAUGCCCCUACUCGAUACCUCGGACGAUGACCGCAGCCGAUUAAUUAAAGAGAUCCAAAGAGAAUUGGAAAGCCCUGCUCUUCCCCUGACACACAAGAAGCAAUACGAAGCAUUGCAUACUAUGCUUCAGAAUCCGGACGAGCCUACCGCGCAAUUCAUUCUGGCACCAUUCCAGCUGCUACCCCGAGCGGGAGAGAACUCUAAGGAUCUCUUUGGUCUUAGCCACCCAGGCCUCUUCAUUAGCAUUGUUUCCCUGCUUAGUUAUCCGCUAUCCCGCGGUUCCGUUCAUAUCCAGUCUUCUGAUCCCAAGGCCGCUCCUCUGAUUGACCACGGAAUCCUCCGUCACCCGGUUGAUCUGGAGAUCCAUGCCCGGCAUAGUAUGUGGAUGGAGGUAAUUGCCGAGACUGAGCCAAUGGCAUCGCUAUUGAAGAAGGAUGGCGAGCGCCUGCACACUCCCGACCCUGUGACAGACCUGGAGAAGGCAAAGGAGCUGUGUAAAGAGCUUGUUCUUUCUAUGUAUCAUGUCAGUGGUACAUGUGCAAUGAUGCCUCGUGAAGACGGAGGUGUUGUGGAUUCGCACUUGAAGGUGUAUGGCUCGGCUAAUAUCCGUGUGGUUGAUGCCAGUAUUUUCCCCUUGGAACCGCGAGGAAAUAUUCAGGCUACCGUAUUCACUGUUGCUGAAAAGGCAGCGGACAUCAUUAAGCAAGACAUUAACUAG